UAAUUGAUUUCUCUCAAAAACGUAUGGAAAUUGAAGGAAAUGCAUCGAUCGAUCGGAUUAAUCAAACUUUUGGCGAAGCCGACGCGUACUGCUGAAUUAGCUGCAUUUUAUCCUAAUCGAUGUUCAUGUGUAACAAUUCGGUGUUCUUCGUCCUCUUCUUCCGGUGGUGAUAAUGGAAAUGAUGGUGGAAAUAAUGGAGAAAAUGGAGGCGGAGAUUUGACAAAUGCCCCGCCCAACAAGGCUGUUCAAUCAUUUGGACAGUGUAGACAUUGCUCUAAACCUUUGAAGCCUUUGCCUACUCUAACACCUUCAAAUCGAUAUAUCCACUGUGACAGCUGUAAUAAGCUAUACUUUGCAAACUAUUUUGAAGACUCUGCAAAGAACGGAAUGUUCUCUAAACAGUUUGCUCGAAAGACACCUCCAUAUCCAACACAGAUUGCCGAAUAUCUCGACAAAUUUGUUGUUGGACAGAAGAAAGCGAAGAAGACGUUGGCUGUAGGUGUGUAUCAACAUUAUCGCCGACUCGAGCAUAAUAUCGAAACUGGAGCUUCUUCUAUUUAUCAAACUCAUGCACAAACAUCAUCGUCCGGAAAAUCUUUAUCAAAUGAUGGAAUGGAUCCAAAGAUGCCACGUGGAGUUUUCUAUCAAGACGAGCUCCGAUUAGGGCAAAUGGCGAGCAGUGAGCUCAGAAAUUCCAUAAUGCAGCAGCAGAGUAAUAAUCAACCUCCAUCACCAGCUCAAUCUCCUCGUAACGCUGCUCCAACAUUCCGUGCAUUACCAGAAAAGGAGCAAAGUGUCCGUCUGGAGAAAUCAAACGUUCUUCUUGUUGGACCAUCUGGAGUUGGAAAGACAUUCCUUACGCAGACAUUAGCUCGUGUACUGGAUGUUCCAAUUGCACUCUGUGAUUGUACAUCAAUGACACAAGCUGGAUAUGUUGGUGAAGAUGUUGAAAGUGUAAUUCAGAAAUUAGUCCAAGCUGCCGGAGGAAAUGUCGAAAAAGCUCAACAGGGAAUCGUUUUUCUAGAUGAAGUCGACAAAAUUGCGGCUGCACACGAAGGACAUUCGGCAGCAUAUCGAGAUGUAUCUGGAGAAGGUGUCCAACACGCUCUACUGAAACUUGUCGAGGGUACUGUAGUUAAUGUAAAGUCUGGAAAGAAAGGAAUGGGAUCUCAGCAAGAUCAAGUUCAAAUCGACACAACUGAUAUCCUAUUUAUUGCUUCUGGAGCCUUCAGUAAUCUCGAUAAAAUUGUUGGAAGGCGAUUGGAUAAGAAGGCAUUAGGAUUUGGUACGUCUUCUGGAAAUGUCAGAAUCUCUGGAGAUGAUUCAAAUUCCGAGGUGAUGAGAAAACGAGAUGAGCUUUUAUCAAAAGCAGAUCAAGGAGAUUUGAUUAGUUUUGGAAUGGUGCCAGAAUUAGUUGGAAGAUUCCCUGUUCUUGUGCCCUUCCAUUCAUUUGAUAAACAGAUGCUUGUCCGUGUAAUGACAGAGCCACAAAACUCCCUUCUUGCACAACUGAAAUUGCAAUUCGGAAUUGACAACGUAGAUCUCUCAUUCUCUGCUGAAGCUCUCGAACAAGUCGCUCAACUGGCUCUCGACAGAAAGACGGGAGCACGUGCUCUUCGGUCAAUUCUUGAAGCCGCUCUGUUAGAAGCGAAGUUCACCGUUCCCGGAUCUGACAUCGAAUCUGUACAUGUUAGCAGAGAAGCAAUCCUUGGUGAGAAAGAGGUUGAAUAUUCACGACGUAAAUCCCAAGUUGUUGAAGAAGAAGACGUUUCACCUAUGAAGAAGUCGGCUGUCGCUUAGAGACUCAUUUUGAUUUCCAUCUGAUUUAUUAUUCUAAUCAUUUUUUAUUCUAUGGGUUUUCUUUUUUUUAAACGAAUCCUAUUCGUAUCUGUACACUCUUUUCACACGAAUCUCCACUGCGGUUUCGUCUGUUUUUUCUGUAGGCAUUUUAGUUUGAUUAUUGUCUCCUAUCAUUUUUUUUCUCCUAUGUACAUAUAUA